UUCAGCAGAAAAGCCAAUAAUCCUGUCAGUGGGUUUAUUAUCAUUAAUUGAACUUGUUAAAAUGCAUUGACUAUAAAAAGAGGGAAAUGAUAAGCAAAACUCUUGCAGCAGCAGACACAUUUACACAGAAUCAGGAAGCCUAGAGGACGGGAGCCAGUGUGUUUCCCUCAGUCUGCCGAGCAUCACUUUCUGGUCACUGUACCAUGUGGGGGCUGGCGUGCGGUACAGUAUUGUCAUCUCAAUCUGCCUGCAGUCUGUCUUGUUGCACCAGAGAUGCUCAGAGCUCGAGUGAAGCAGCUAGAGAGGGGCUUGUAAUUACAGCUGGAUGGUCAAUACGCGUCAUACACAGAGGAACUGCAACAUCCAUCUGCUCCUGCUGAGUGUGCUUCAAGGAAUCUUUCAUUUCAUAGCUGGGAUUUUGUAAACAAAGUGAAGAUUCUUUGCAAGAGAAAGCAGCGCUGCAUGUAAUUAUGCCAAGGUUAUGUUGGAAAGGCAUCAGAUGAAGAGAACUGUCAGGAUCUGAAAAAUCAAUUUGAAAGAAGACAGAAAUGCAACGGCAAUUUCACUGAGGUAUUUUAACUGUACACUAUAAUCGAUUCCCAGGUCCUUGGAGCUGAGAGGAAGCAUUUAUAACCACUGCGAUCCUGAGCCUGUAGAAGCUUAAAAAUAAGAAGAACCAAACAAAGAAAGUGAUUUGUUUUUACUUAAUUCUUCUCUAUUUUGUCUUUGUCCUGCUGCUUAUAAAUGAAAUGUCUUCAACUGGAUUUCCUGCGGAAGAGAAUCACAGCUUUGUGUCUGAAAACGGAACUUUUCUAAAACUCAUGCCUACGUCUUUAUCCACUGCGGUGGACUCUACCUCUACGCACUUGGAAAACGUCUAUGUAUACGUUUCCAUUUUCUUAUCUCUUCUGGUGUUUCUCUUAGUGUUGCUCAUAAUUGCUCUGCAUAGACUGAAGAAUAUCAUCACUUCCAGUUCAUCCUACCCAGAAUGCACCAGUGACGGAGGGAGUUCUUUCACCAACUUAGAGAUUUGCAGCCUUUCUUCUCAAAGAUCUGCAGUUUCAUCCCUCUCUUCAUAAAACAAAUAAUGAAUAAAAAAGACACAAAACAUGAUACUUUUUGCAAAGUAUAUCAGCAAUCUGAAUUAUGAGGAUAAUUACGAGAGUAAGUCUGGGGCUGUCAGAACAGCACAAUUGUGUGGUAAUCAGAAAAUUGGAAACUGCAGUUAUCAGUUCAUUAUGCAUCUCCCACAUUAGAUGCAAGUUUUUGCAUUGUUCAAUGAUGUCAUGAGUUAAAUAAUCAGUGUGUUCAUGUGUAUGUACAGAAAAUAUGAGCUCCUGAAAGGAAGAGGCAUAGGCCAGCUUUGCACCAAUAUAUGUCUGCUAAUGCACAUUUGGAUUUGUUGUAUGUGUUAGUUAUUGUAUAAUGUUUGAAAUCAAUGAGCUAUUUCAUCACAAAUCCUAUCCAUUGGUCAGAUAUUUGUAAAAACAUACUUAAUUAUUAGUGUUGUAUAUUCAUUUAAAAAAUCAUUUUCUCUAUGUUAGUAUGCACAAUGCAAACCUUGUAUAAUCAAAACAGAAAAUAUAAUAUUUGAGAGAAA